CAGCCUGCAGAACCACAUCUACUUUUCACUCUAAACCAUCCCAUCUUCCUGAGGGAUGCAGAUGGAAACGACACAUCUCCUUGAGAUCAGGACACAUCUGCUCUUUCCGAAUUAAUCGGGGACUGAAAAAUGUAUCCCACUACUGCUACCUGGAACCCCAAACCUACUAGUUAGCUAGAGGGUGGACCCCACCAGUAAGACCAGUGAAGAAGUCCCAUCUCCCCAUAUUCAUCUGCUAGAUAUAGUCAGAAUGCUGGAAUUCCUGCCAGGAUACUGUCUGUGAUCUGUGGUCAGGGGCUGCAUCUCCAGUGUUUGUCCCUUUCUAGUAGCAGUGCUGUAAAGUCUGGAGCCAUUUCUGUGAGGAUCUCUCCUCUAGCUUGCUCCUGUGGCCAUAUGGCUGAGGGUGAAUGAAACUUGGAGGCAUCCAAACCCCAAGCCUCUGGGCUUGGGCCUGCACACAGGAUGCCUGCCAAAGGAUUUGGCAGUAUCUGAAGCUCCGGGCCGGGGUGGAGGAUGCUUGCCGGUAGCAGGGCCACAUGCGGUUCUUGAAUGAUUCACAUGGAUUUGGAAUUGAUUUGGCUGAUUUGACUUGGGACAUGAAAAAUUUUCCUUUAAAAAAAAUAAAUCUCUGCUCCUCCACCCCACAGGGCUUGCAGUUUGUAGGUUCUUUUCCAAAGGGGAGGCCUGUGCUACUCAUCAGAGUUUCAUAGCCAAUAACAGCAAUAGUAGAGUGAGAUUUUGAUCAGAUUCUAGCUUGCUCUCAUGAGCAACCCGGGAGUCAAGGUGGAUCUGGAAUAGCACUGAAAUCUGAAGAAGACCCACCCGAAGCAGAUCUAGGAAAGCAGACCAGCAACAUAAGGGCUUCAAUCUGAAUAAUCCUUAUUUUAUGGAAUGACUGUGAAUGGCAUUCUUUUUUGUAAGACAUUGAUUUCUGCAGAAAUUUCUCCCCUCAUCUGUGCUAGGGAAGUUUGGUGCCAGGACUACUGGAAGUUCUAGUGUAUCCGGUGAUUUGUUGUCUAUUUGCAUUGCAUUUUAACAUCUUCCACGUGAGCUAAGGCAGGAACUGCAUAAGCUCAUGUCUGCAGUAAUCUGUGACCUUUUGCUGGGCCAGUCAUCUGAAGGCUGUAUAUAACAGCAAACCAGCUGAUACAUAGAGAGGAUCAAAAUCAGAUGGGAAUGCAGAUGGUGCUGGUGCAUCCCCUGCCUCUGAAGUACUGCUCUGAAAUUAACUGGAUUCACUUCAGGUUUCUGCUGCAGAAAACUGUGAAACUGGAGAAGUCGUGAUCACUAAUAGAGGUGCCACAGCUAUUGACUACUGGGAGGUAAUGGGACAGCAUCAGAUCCCUGUUUGAAAUUAUCCCAUCAGCCAGACUGAGCCUACAGCGAUAUUCUACCCCCGAUGUGCCUGAGCUGGAGGGAUUAUGGUUUUGGCAGCAGGUCUUGAGAGUGGAAGUGUUGUUGUUUCAGGGGCUGGUGACUUUUGAGGAGGUGGCCAUGUAUUUCACCAAGGAUCAGUGGGCUCUGCUGGACCCUGAUCAGAGAGCCCUCUACAGGGAUGUCAUGCUGGAGAACUAUGAAACUGUAGCCUCACUGGGAUUCCUGACGUCCAAACCUGAUGUCGUCUCUCAGCUGGAGGAAGGGGAUGCACCAUGGGUCCCUGAUUGCCAGGAGUGUGAGGAAAGGAGAAGUCUAAGACAUACUUCUGCAGUAGGUGAAGGAGUAAAUGAAGAGGAGAAUCUCCAACAGAAAAGGCUUCAAGCAGUGGGACAAUGUGAGACUUUACUGGGUAGUCUCAGAGGAAAAGAUUGUGUGCAGGGAGAAGCCAGUGGCAGUGAACUUGGAGCAGGGAGGGAGAAGGAAAGCUGUGUUGGGAAGGAACAGAGAAAAUCCACCAGCCUCUAUGAGGAAGACCCCAGUGACCUCAACAAGACUAAGACACAGCAGAUGGCAGAGGGGCAGAACGUGUGUCCAGACUGUGGAAAAAUCUUCAGCUGCAACUCGCACCUGGUCAGACACCAGAGAACCCACACAGGGGAGAGACCCUACAAAUGUCCCGACUGUGGGAAGGGUUUCAGCCGGAGCUCCCAUGUGAUCAUACAUCAGAGAAUCCACACGGGGGAGAGACCCUUCAAAUGUGAUGAGUGUGGGAAAAGCUUCAAUCAGAGCCCACAUCUCCUCCGGCACCAGAGGUUGCACACAAUGGAGAAACGCUGCAGAUUCCCGGUCUGGGCUGCUGUGAACAGUGCAUUUCCCGCUUCUGUGAGUAUCCAGCUGCCUGUCUGUGGGGUUAGGGGCCAGCUGCAGGUACCUCCAGGCUGCUCAGUGAAUCUCUGGCUCUGUCUCCUUUGACUCACAGGCAGUGCAGGAGAAGCCUUAAUCAGCUUUGUCUUUCCAUGGUUUUGCUGUCAGGCCCCUUUGCUUCCUCCCAGUCUGCUGAGAGAGGAAGGAACCUGCCUGCUCUAAAAACUCUUCUUCCUGGACUGAAGACCCCUUCGACUGAACAAGCCCUCAGCCCUGCAGGAUAUAUGAGCUAAGCCAUCCUUCUCAUGCUGGAGACCAGUCUCAGCACCAUUAGCUUGACUUCCUGCACUUAUCUGUAGCUAUUUCACAUGGAGUGGUUUCCCCAGAGGUUGUGCCCUUGGGCUAGGGACAUACAUUAUACAUAAAUUGGUUUAAGUGACCAGAAACUGGUUUAAACCUGUAACAGAACAGAUGUUCACAUGAACAAUGUGUGCCCCUGGAUGCUGAGAAUCUGCACCUCAAGCAGGAAUCCCCCACUCCAUCCCUCCUAUCUCCCACAGCACGGACCCUAGCCCCAUGGACCCUAGGCAUGUGGUAUGCUAGCUAAUGCUGAGAGGUGUCUGUGUGUGUUUCCAAUUUCACUGGGACAGGCAGACAGAACAUUGACUGCUUAGGGUAUUUUGGAGCUGAUCAACAGGUCAGCUGGUAAGCUGUUUAAAAAGAGUUUUAACUAAUGGAGAAAGGCUAUUGUUUUGCUGAUGAGGUGAGAAACACUGUUAUCAGCCUCCUGCUGGCUUGCUUGCCUGUCAGUUUGCUUCAGACAGUAUAAAGAAGCAGGGAGGGAGAUUGAAAAGCUCCGUAUCAUCAACAGAUGCAUGCACUACAUACCCCACUUGCCUCAGAGUGCUAGCAGGGGUCUGGGAGCACUCCUGCCCCUUGAGCAGCCAGCAGGGAAAAGCCUGGGAUGGUGCAGCCAGACCUCCCUAAUCAGCUCGGCACUGUACAGGGGAAGGGAGGGUUGCUCUAGCACUUUCCAGCUUCCAGGCUGAGCCACUGCAGGCAUGUGCCUGAAUUUCCUUGGUCCAGAGAGAAUGUCUGUCCAGUUACAAACCGUUUCAGCCUAUCCAGGUUAGACUAACCUGCAAAGAUUAAAUCAAUUCAGGCUCAGGCUUUUUGAAUGUCUGUCCCUAACCCUGGAGAUCAGGAGAGUCCCAGAGAGAGCAGAUGUUUGUAAGAGUGGAAGUAGGACAGAGAAAGGAUGGGUAGGAAAUAAUGUUUGGGCAAAAGGGAGAUGGGGCUGGUUGGUGCUGAGACUCGUGAACUGUGCACUAGUUUGGCUACAGCUGCUUAUCAGGAAGGGAAAAAGGUAAGGGAUCUUUUGCUAGGCAAUCCACAGAUUGCCAUUACAGUUUGAAGAGGUGUGAUGAACCCUGAAGCUCUCAGCAGCUAAUGGAGGCACCCCUGGACACUUCAUUCAGUGACUGGAGAGUUGGAUGAUUGGUGAAAAUGCCCUCAGAGUGUAAUGAACCAAAAGAGUAACUAGGUGUUCUACCUAUGUAGGACUCCUCAAGACAAACUGGAAGCAGCUUUGAAGUCCUAUCUUGGUGACAUUUGGGUUUUGCAAUAAGUGAUGUCUGAGCAUGUGCUUGGGGAGAAUCAUGGUGCCAGCUUAUUUAUCUCUGAGGAAAUAACUUGGGUAUUUACAUAACAUCCACUAUUGUAGUUUUUUUAAUGUCUUAACUUAGAAUGAAUUGGUAACUGUCCCUGGCAGUUGUACUGUCCCAUUGGCACCAACUCCUAUACUAAGGACCCAUCCUGGAGAUGGUUGUCCUUCCCAUGCUAAAACUCCAUGAGGCCCUUGCUGUGAUCAGUUUGAUCCAGGUGGGAUAUGAUGGAGGAAGUAGGGGAGGGUGUUGUUUCUUUGAUGCACUUUGCCCAUUUCAGGGUAUGUUUUGCCUUAUUUCCUUUCUGGUCAGUGCCUCCCCCAGAACCAGUCUCACGUCAUUUUUAUUUUGCACCUUUUUAUUUCCGUUCUGGUGAAGAAAACCUGCAAAUAAUAAAGCCAUCCAGAACUUGA